UGUUAAUGAAAAAGGAAAUGUUCAAUGUCAGUUCAAAAAAAUUUGUACUUUUUGAACCGUUUGACUUAGCGAAUGAUAAUGAACUUGAUAUAUCUCAAGAAUUACGUGUUAAUGAAGACAGAUCAACCCAAAGCGCUAAGUUAUUUGAAAUUAAAACAGACGAAAAACCAAUUCCAUUCUUUAAAAACACAAAACCACCGUUUGAAGGAAUUGCAACUGCCUGUGUAAAAAAGUUGAGCCAGAUUUAUAAACUUCAUUUUGACUAUAUUUUUAUCAGAAGGGCUGAAAAAAUAGAGGGGUUAUUUCCAUUUAUUGAUAGGAUGUUAGACAGUGGUAAGACAGUUGUUGUCUGUGGUGUUAUUUCCUAUAAGUUAAAAGAGAAUAAAGCCUUGUUUUCGUUAAUCCCUUAUGCAUCGAAAGUUUGUAUAAAAAGAACAAAUUGUACUUUUUGUAAUGUCAAAUCAACAUAUAUUUUCAAAGAAAAUGAGACAUCGAUAAUUCCAUUAUGCAGAGAGUGUUUGAAACACCGACGCCCAUUGAAUAAUAUGUCAAUACUGGAUUUUGUUUCCAAAAAAUCAGAAGUAAAUUCAUGUGAAGAGAAGAAGGUUAAAAAGUCUAAAUCAAAUAUCAAAGAAUAAUU